CCAGAUUCAAGCCAUCCCCUUCCUUUUCGCCAGUGCAGCCAAGAAGGUCAUUGGGAGAAUGCCAUUCUUGCGUGGUCCACCGGCAUUCAUCCGCGCGACCUGCCGAUCGCUCAUCAAAUUCGCGUGCACCUCCCCGUCCUUCAUCCGCACCUGCCACACGUUGAUCCCGCCCGUCCGAUCCCCAUGCUCGGUGGCGCACAGGUCGAUCAGCGCGUGGAGCACCCGCGCGCACCAGUCGAGCUUGUCCUGCGGAAUCGGGAACACGGGGAGGUUCCGCGUCUCGCGCACGACGCCGGCGCGGUCUGGGAACCCGACGAAGAUGCGCGGGCAGUCGAUGAGGCCCGAUUGGAUGUCCCAUUUCGCGAGGUUUCUCAGCUGUGGGGACUCGAAUUUGCGCGUUUUGAGCUCGACGUAGUGCGAUGGACUCGGUUCGGCGGGGGAGUAUUGGGCUGCGAGAAUACCGUUCAGUCUCUGGGUGUUGUGAGGAAUUUGUGUCCAUCAGAUAGAACGCACCGUCGACACAGUCAACUUCGCCGACGAGUACGAUAUCGAGCGUGCCUAGUCGACGUUUUAUACCGACCGCCCAGAGGGUGUGCAUAUCCACAUCGUCGGCCGUUGUAGCCGCAGUGGAAGGCCUCGAAGACAGAGUUUCAAACUUACGCCUAAACGUGGCUCUAAAUCAUCCUGCAACCAGCUUGCGCGAAA